AUGGCUACGGGUUCAUCACCAUCAGCGGCAGAUGAAGCGUUAAGUACAACAGAUGAAAAAGCAAAUUUUCAGCGUUUGACACGACUUCUGAUGCGUGGAGGUCUCGCACUUUUGAGGGAGGUAUUUGACAGUAUCCAUCCACCAGCCAACCUUCCAGCUGUGCUUAGUAACCCUGUAAUGAAGACGCAGCUCCAAACUCUUAGAAGAAACAAAGUCCUUACCCACCCCGAAUGGAACUGCCUUUACAACCCAAGUGGGCCAGGAACGUAUGUAAAGUCGACUGAUUUUGAUAUCAGCUUACUUUGUAAAUUGCUUCGAGCAAUAUGCAGCCUCACUCCUCCUGCAACUGGAUGGGACAUUUUGCCUAACAGCAUUGAUCACAGUCUUGAGGCAGACUUAGUUAGAAUUAAAUUUUACCGUAACAAAAUUUAUGGUCAUAACCACAAUAUGGAGAUAUCAAAUGCUGAUUUUGAGAAGCUUUGGAUGGAAAUCAGUGAGGCCCUAUUGAGAAUUGCCCGCAGGAUAAGUAGUGUAAAGAGAGAUGAAUGGAAGAAGUCCAUCGAAACGUUUUUCCAUGAACCACUAACGCCAGACGCAAAGAAAUGUGUUGAUGAACUUCGAUUAUGGUACUUAAUGGAUAUCGAAACAAAAGAUAAGCUCGAAAAGCUAGAUGAAAAGAUGGAACAGAUGGAAAUAAGACAUGAACAAAGGCACAUGGAAAUUCUCAUUCUCCUCGAAAGUCUUAAGGCAAAUGGGCCAAUUGCUAGUUCAUCCCCACAAGUGGAAAGUGCCCAAUUGCCAUCUGAACGUCUGGAGACACGUAUACCAAUACCUCCAGAGCAGCCAUCAGCAGAAAGUGCUGCGAAUCUAUCCACAAGCACGCAACUACAAGCCUUGAGCCAGCAGAAUCGUCCGGUAAUUCUUGAUUUCUGGUAUGUUGUUUAUUCAUUUAAGAGCUCGUUAAAUCUCUUCAUCAGCUACUUGAAAAUGAAACUUGGAGUUGACGUUGAAGACUACAGACUAGGCAGCUUGGUCCUAACAGUUUCCUGCAGUUCUUUAGAAGUCCUUGAGGCAUUGUGGAAGGAGUAUCGAACAGGGCAUCUUAACAAAGUGGUUCAAGCGACACUUGUAACGGCAGAGGUUCUGGAAAAGCUUGACCUCAAUGAGGUUAAACUGAGAACUUUAAUUUCAGAGGAAGACUACUUGUCGUACAAAGAUUUUUUGAACUACAGACCAGGUAAUCGUAAAUGUCCUCAUAUGGCUCUGGUUAGUUUUAAAAACUGUGACCUUUAAACUUGUGUGAUUGGUAAUUUUGUCUCAGUCGCUUCUUAUAUAUAUGACCACGUUUGUGAUGAUAACGGAGUUAAGCGUGCGCGGAGCCGGGAGCCAGCAAAGCUCUCUAUACCCUUUAGUAGAUCAUUCCUUUGUCUCCACAUACGAACAUCGUUACAGCCAAUCAUUUCAAUGUGUCACAUUUACCAUGGUAUGGUCUGAUGUCAUUUCAUGUCAUGUAAUUUCAUUUCAUUUCAUUUCAUCCGUCUCCACCCCCUUACCCGUACAUUUCAGACUACUAAAAUUUCUGUGCUCUUUCAUUCUCUUUAGGUAAAAGCGAAACGAAAACUUCCCAAGAACCAGCCGUUUUCGCCUUUAAGCCUCCUGCAGGUGAGAUAGAUGUUGUGGUUCACAAAUAAUACAUUUACAUUAAAAGCAUCACAUUUACGGCAAACGGCUAACGUGAGAUUCAACUUGAGAAAUUUUUAAAAUGAAAAAAGAGUAAAUAAAAACAGCUUAAGACUAUUGUUAUGGAUAGAAUUGACAUGAAUCUACCGAUUUUCGUGUAGUUAUAACAGUAAACGAUAAGUAAAUGGAAAACUUGGUCACCUGGUACAAAUUCACGUUUGCCGUUUGCCUUAAAGGUGAUGCUUAAUCUCUCUACUCUUGAAACGUUAUCGCGGUUUUUAAGCCCCGCUCAAUUUGCCAAACAAUAGGCGAUUUAUCGUCUAAAAUGUUAAUUCUUAAGAACCGCUCCCAUCUAAGACGGAAAGAAAAAUUCUGUCUUUAUGUCCCCGGUAAAAUGAUUAAGAAGUUUCACGUCGUAGUCGUGGAGAGGACGUCAAAGAAAUGUACUAAAACGUGUAAUGCUCCCGCAAAGGUAUUUUUGUCGUGAGUGAACUAAUUGUUUGUUCACGUCCGCGGUAUUGUAAUGCCCGAAGCCCGGCUUACCAGGCUGGAGAUUCCCAAUACACGAGCCAAGCCAGCAACAGGACAGUGGGUAACACACUACUCAUUCGUAAUGUUUCUGUGAUCGUUACGGUUUCGGGCUGGCCAACAUUCUCGAUCCCAAAUCUUGCGCUUUUGACUAUCAUGCGCAGAACAGCCGCGGAUCUGGAAUAAAUACUGAACAAUUUUUAACGAGACAGUGUCAAAUGAUUUUCCUUGUGAAAGUUCAUAGUGCGUCUAUAUAUAAUGCUCUGAAAUUGAAAAAAUAACAUUUGUCUAAAGUCCUUCUGGGAAACAGCGCCGAAAUUUUUGUUCGUGGCCCCCACCUAUGUACCAGGAUUUGAUUAUGCGUUGUGGUUAGCCUUUUAAAUAAGUCAUUGUCAAUAUGACAAUCAGCGUGAAAGAAAAUUCAAACGUUUAACGUUUUUCAACUUGUUUUGCAGCAAUGUUUCGAAACCAGGCACGUGUUUGUAGCCCUUUAAUAGCUUUAGCGAUUGCGUACCAGCUUAUGAUUUGUUUUGUAUUUAUCAUUUUGCUUUCUUUUACAACUGCAUAUCAUUUCAUUUCAUCCUUCUCCACCCCCUUACCCGUUCAUUUAAGACUGCUAAAAUUUCUAUGCUCUUUCAUUCUCCUUAGGUAAAACCGAAACAAAAUCUUCCCAAGAACCAGCCAUUUUCGCCUCUAAGCUUCCUGCAGGUGAGAUAAACAUUGUGGUGAAAAAAAUAAUGCAUUUACAUUAACAGCAUCACGUUUACGGCAAACGGCAAACGUGAGAUUCAACUUGUGAAAUUUUCAAAAUGAGAAAUGAGCAGAAAAACAAUUGUUAUGGAUACAAUUGACGUGAAUCUAUACCGAUCUUUGUGUAGGUAUAUUGAAGAGUAAACGAUGAGUAAAUGGAAACUUGGUCACAUGGUACAAAUUCACCUUUGUCGUUUGCCAUAAACGCGAUGCUUAAUAGAGAGUUUAAGCUUCACGUAUACGGCAAACGGCAAACGUCAGAUUUAAGUUGAGAAUUUCAUAAAAUAGAGAAUGUGCAGAUAAAAAACAGCUCAAAACAGUUCUUAUGGAUAAAAAAUUGCGUGAAACUACUAAUUUAUGUCUAGAAAUAAUGAUCAGUAAACGACAAGUAAUGGGGGAAACUUGGUCAUGAGGCACAAAUUCGCGUUUGCCGUUUAACGUAAACGUGAUGCUUAACCUCUCUAAUCUCUCUAUUCUUGAAAUUUUAUCGCCGAUAUUUAAGCCCCGCUCAAUAGGCCUAUUCGGCUAACUCAAUGUUGUACCCAAUUCAAAUCUCCCGGGGUUAAGAUUCUUUGUGUAUUGUAAUUGCGUUAUAAUGUGGCAUUCGCAUUUAAAUGAUAUGGAAAUUCCUGAAACAAAACGUUUUAUUCCCAAAGGGUUUGAAUUGGGCACGUUUAUGGCCGAAUAGGUCUACUUGCCAAAAAAUUGGCGACUUUUCUUAAAUGUUUAUUCUUCAAAACCGCGCCCAACUAAGACGGAAAGAAAAAUUCCGUCUUUAUGUACCCCGUAAAGUGCCAGAUUAGGAAAUUUCACGUCGUUGUCUUGGAGAGGACGUCAAAGAAAUGAACUAAAACGUGUAAUGCACCCGCAGAGUUGUUUUUCUCGUGCGUGAACUAAUUUUUUGUUGACGUCCACGGUAUUGUAAUGCCAGGAGCCCGACUGACCAGGCUGGAAAUUCCCAAUGCACGGGCCAAGCCAGCAACAAGACAGUGGGUAACACACUGCUCAUUCGAAAUGUUUCUGUGAUCGUUACAGUUUCGGGCUGGCAAACAUUCUCGAUCCCAAAUCUUGCGCUUUUGACUCCGCUUAUCAUGCGCAGAACAGCCGUGGAUCUGGAGUAAUUUAUACUUAACAAUUUUUAACGAGACAGUGACAAUUGAUUUUCCAUGUGAAAGCUCUUAGCGUGUCUAUAUAUAAUGCUCUGAAAUUGAAAAAAUAACAUUUGUCCAAACCAUUUUUUUUUUUAUAAAAAUGAGUCCUUCUGGGAAACAGCGCCGAAAUCUUUGUUCUUGGCCCCCACCUAUGUACCAGGAUUUGAUGACGCGCCGUGGUUGGCCGUUUAAAUAAGUCAUUAUCAAUAUGACAAUCAGCAUGAAAGGAAAUUCAAAACGUACUUUCGGUAAUUCGUUCACUCCCUUGGGUGCCCAGAACAAGGAUAUCGGUGCUGCUUCGCAGACGUUACUAACCGAGGUUAAAUUACGUCUGCGACGCAGGCUACACGUCACGUUACAUGGUAAAAGUCACAUAGGCAAUGUAAAAGUCACAUGGGCAAAGCGAACCAGGUCGGUUCAAGUAAGCAGGCCAUCAAAUGGUAACACAUGUGGAAUUACGAACAAAUGCCCUUUCUUUUAUCUGUUGCUAACUGAAUAAAAGUGUAAAUUUAGAAAAGCUUUUAAAAGCUUUCGUUAUGGGUAAAGGGAAAAUGACAAUUCCCCAAGUUCAAGGAAGUCCUGCUAUGGAGCUUGUUGAAGGUAAGAUAUAAAGACGUUCAGUAUCUGAUUUGAACGCGGUUGGCGGUAAAACGAGCAUAACGUUUUUCAACUUGUUUUGCAGCAAUGUUUCGAAAUAAGAUGUAUGUGUUUGUACCCCUUUCAUAGCUUUAGCGAUUGUGUACCAGCUUAUGGUUUGUUUUGUAUUUAUCAUUUUGCUUUCUUUUACAACUGCAUUUCAUUUCAUUUCAUCCUUCUUCAUCCCCUUUACCCGUGCAUUUCAGACGACUAAAAUUUCUGUGCUCUUUCAUUCUCCUUAGGUAAAACCGAAACGAAAUCUUCCCAAGAACUAGCCGUUUUCGCCUCCAAGCUUCCUGCAGGUGAAAUAGACAUUGUCGUUAAAAAAUAAUGCAUUUACAUUAAAAGCAUCACAUUUACGGCAAAUGGCAAACGUCAGAUUCAACUUGAGAAAUUUUUGAAAAUGAGAAAUGAGCAGAUAAAAAUGAUAGAAUUGACGUGAAUCUACCGAUUUUCGUGUAGGUAUAAUGAACAGUAAACGACAAGUAAAUGGAAAACUUGGUCACAUGGUAAAAAUUCACCUUUGUCGUUUGCCAUAAACGCGAUGCUUAAUAGAGAGUUUAAGCUUCACGUAUACGGCAAACGGCAAACGUCAGAUUCAAUGAGUCCUUCUGGGAAACAGCGCCGAAAUCUUUGUUCUUGGCCCCCACCUAUGUACCAGGAUUUGAUGACGCGCCGUGAUUGGCCGUUUAAAUAAGUCAUUAUCAAUAUGACAAUCAGCAUGAAAGGAAAUUCAAAACGUACUUUCGGUAAUUCGUUCACUCCCUUGGGUGCCCAGAACAAGGAUAUCGGUGCUGCUUCGCAGACGUUACUAACCGAGGUUAAUUUACGCCUGCGACGCAGGCUACACGUCACGUUACAUGGUAAAAGUCACAUAGGCAAUGUAAAAGUCACAUGGGCAAAGCGAACCAGGUCGGUUCAAGUAAGCAGGCCAUCAAAUGGUAACACAUUGGAAUUACGAACAAAUGCCCUCUCUUUUAUCUGUUGCUAACUGAAUAAAAGUGUAAAUUUAGAAAAGCUUUUAAAAGCUUUCGUUAUGGGUAAAGGGAAAAUGACAAUUCUCCAAGUUCAAGGAAGUCCUGCUAUGGGGCUUGUUAAAGGUAAGAUACAAAGACGUUCAGUAUCUGAUUUGAACGCAGUUGGCGGUGAAACGAGCAUAACGCUUUUCAACUUGUUUUGCAGCAAUGUUUCAAAACAAGAUGCACGUGUUUGUAGCCCGUUCAACCAUAGCUUUGGCGAUUGUGUACUAACUUAUGAUUCGUUUUGUAUUUAUUAUUUUGCUUUCUUUUACAAACGAUCAUCCCCGCGAGCUCCUAUGUCCAAAUUCAAUUUCUGGUGCUUUGUGGGUAUGACGUCUUAGUUAGCACUUCUCUGCUCGUAGAUAGAUAGACCUAACGUUCUCAUGCUUUGCUGUUGCAGCUAAGGCGAAGGUGCUCGGCACUCGCAGUCAGAAGACUACACCUGUUUCUCGCUCAUUACUGCGUGACCUUGCAGUGGAUCUUGGCACAAAAUGGAGGGAGCUCGGGAAAAUUCUUGGACUUGCUAACUCGCUACUUAACUAUUUUGAUAUGGCCCAUAUGAGUCUAACUGAUAAAGGAAAUGCGAUGCUCGGUGAGUGGAAGAGAUUAAAUGGCGACGAUGCCACGAUGGAAGUCUUACAAGAAGCCCUGACGAAAAUAGAUAUGGGUCAUUUGAUGGAAAAAGUUGCAGGUACAUUCCUAAGAUGCUGGAAAAUUAAGCAAACACAUGAAAUAGAAAUAGAAUUAAACUCAGGCAAAGAUUCGCAAACAGCUUUGUUUAGAAGAUGCAGUUUUCAAUGAUGAGAGGCCGGGACCAAUUAAAAAAAAAAAGAUGGAGAUGACAUCGCUAAUUGCGUUUUCCUGAGCGUGAGAACAUAGGUCGUUAAAAAGUACAGACUGGAGAUAAACGCUAAUAAACGCUAGAGUUCCCUGGUUAAAGUGAUGUUACGAGCAACCUAUUUCACAGAUUCUUAGACGGUCCUGCGCCGGCAGAAAAGCUGUUUCGCUCGCCUCCGAGACCCUUUCAACCUGAAUCGAAUGUGCUUGCCCCGCUUAGUUAAUCGCUGUUGCCUUUUACGCCUGAAGUUAGGACCCGACUCGAAGCGUGAGAGGCUAUGAUCACUGGGCUGGUCGUGAUAGAAAAUGUCAAUAUAAGAGAGAAUAAUUGUCCAAUAAAUCUCUCUUGAAAAAGAAAAAAAAACUUGAUACAAAGAAUGUGGCAAACUGCAAAAUCAAGCACCUGUUUGUUUAACUUGUAAUUUGAGGCAGUAGAUUUGCAUAUAAUUGUAUUCCCUUAUUCUCGCUAGGUUAUUCAGUAUCGACAACAUCCAGGGCAGUACCCGCAUUGGCUGAGCUUCAUGCAAGUAAGAUACACAAUUAGUUUCUUUUCUUUUUCCUUACUGAUCAAGAAGCCAAGAGGGUAGGAAAAUGAUACCCCUGAUGAGUUGCCUUACCCAUUGAUGUGCCAUUCGAUUUUCCUGUCACUUCCUUUUUCGAGUGCAUUGGUUCUGUUUGUUCUAUUUGUCUGUUAGUUUUUCGUUCUUUCUUUGCUUGCUUGCUUUCUUUAAUAAGACAAAUGGAAGGAGGCGUCACCACAAAGAGCCCUGAGACUCACCACAGCCUUCUCGUAUCAUGAGGAUUUGUAUGGGAAUUUAUUGUAAGAUUGGUAAAACGGUUAUAGUGCACAUUAUUGGCCAUUUUGUUGUUUUCUUAUCGUUUCCUGUUGGUUUCACGCCUACAGAAGACAUUCUUAUUCUUAGUACACUGUAGGUAAGAAACCAAACUGACAUCAAAUCUUGCUAAAACGACGCGUAUUUAAGGCAGAAAACAGGGGCACCCAAUGACUGUUUUUUGUGAAAUAUCUGUUCGGAGAAGCAAAAAUUGCCCAGAAUUUUCUAUAGCUUGAGGAAGGCUAAAAAUUUAUAGAUGACCGUUCCAUUCAUGUACAAUUUUCGAAGCUUAUCUAAUAAAUUCAAUUUUCUGAAGUUCAAUUUUUCCCAUUUCACUUCCAAGGUUAAGCUACUUUUCGUAGAGAAAGGCAACCUAAAAUUUUCGGAACCGAAAAUUCGAUGCAGAGAGGAAUCAGAAAAAUUAUUACUUUCGUAAAAAUUUAAAUUGUCUCUAAAAUUUUCGGGAAAAUAAUACUGAAUCCCUUGUAUUUUCGAAAAGACUCAAGUUGCCCUAGGAUGACCGAACAGAUAAAAAUUUUCAGCGCCUCUUAGAAUACAUUUCUAGAGAUCUAAAAGUAUUCUGGAUAGCUUAAAAAGUGUUUUCAGUGCAUUUAGGAGGAAACCGUCGUUGGGUGCCCCUGAGAAAAUAGUAAGAAAACAACACAGAGAUAUAUCUUUAUCAAAUAUGUGUACUUUAAUGGCUGUUCAUGUGCAUUUUAACCUUUUCACGACCUUACGAUAAAUUGCCAUACAAAUUCUUUGAAGGUUUUGUGAGUCUCGAUCCCCUGUAGCGUCCCGUAUGUAUUUCAUUAUUGCGUUGCCGCGAUCGAGUUUGAUUUAUUAAAUUGAUCCAGACGUCCUUCUGGUGCUCUUUGCUGAUUAGACCGGAAAAACACUGUACUACAUUAAAAACCCGCGUGUGAGAACCGGCCUUUUUUAAGUCUGGCAAAAGGCUUAUAUAUUUUGAGGUAGUUAUUUAACAAUUAAUAAAUGAAUGAUAAUGAGUAUCUAAUCAAGAAUUAUGGUGUCGAGAUCGAGGAGGGUGUUAUCCUUCGAGUCCUUAGGCCGAGGCGGAUAACACCCUCCGAGAUCUCCAUAAUUCUUAUUAUUAUUCAUUCAAAAUAUUUCCCCAAUUCUGAUUGGCUAAAAGCACACGUAUAAUUCACCAUAACCAGUUACUGAUGACCAAAUUUGGAAGAAUUUUGUGUUUACCGAGGAAAUGACGUCAAAAAUGCAGCCCGCUACAGGUUAAUGCACCGUUAACCGAGAAGACCUGGGGACGAGGUUGAGUUGUUUUGGUUGUGAAAACAAAAAUGGCCGACACUUCACUAGUUUCAAGAGGAAGAAAUACAGCUGGAACUAGGCGAAGUAAUAGUUAAAAACAUAGCAAAAAAUAGCAAAAAGACAACUCGGAGGGCGACAUCUGCUAUUUGGAGAAUAUUUGCGGAGCUAGACAAACCUAAACGUACACUAUCGAAGAUUUGAAUGAAUAAUAAAACAAUUAUUGAGUUCGGCCGUUAACACCCUCCUCGAUCUCCAUAACUCUUCAUAAGAUACUCAGCCCCAUUCAUUAAUUGUUAAAUAUGAUACGAAAGCCGAAUUCAAUAACUGUUUUAUUACUUAUUCAAAAUAAUUCCUAGUUUAAAAACAUAGCUAAAACAUGCUUACCUCCAUCGAUGUUAAGUUCAUCUUCGAUAGUGCCCGUUUAGGGUUGUCCAGCUCCACAAAUAUUCUCCAAAUAGCAGGUGUCGCACUUCGAGUUGUCUUCUUCCUGUUCUUGCCAUGUUUUUAGCUUUUAUUUCGCCUAGUUCUUACUCUUAGAACGAGUGAAAUGGCCGCCAUUUUUGUUUUCACAACCAAAACAACUCAACCUCGUCUCCAGGUGUUCUCGGUUAACAGUGCAUUAACCUGCCAGGAAGCUGCACUUUUGACGUCAUCGGUUGAUUAAUCGCAAAAUUCUUCCAAAUUUGGUCAUCAGUAGGUGGUUAUUUAACAAUUAAUGAAUGAGGCUGAGUAUCUUAUGAAGAAUUAUGGAGAUCGAGGAGGGUGUUAUCCGAGGCGGAUAACACCCUCCGAGAUCUCCAUAAUUCUUCAUAUGAUACGAAAGUUGAAUUCAAUAAUUGUUUUAUUAUUCAUUCAAAAUAAUUCCUAGUAAUACCUCCAUCGAUCCAUCGAUGUUAAGUUCAUCUUCGAUAGUGCACGUCUAGGUUUGUCCAACUCCGCAAAUAUUCUCCAAAUUGCAUAUGUCGCCCUUCAAGUUGUCUUCUCGCUGUUCUUGCCAUGUUUUUAGCUAUUGUUUCGCCUAGUUCUUACUCUUGAAAUGAGUGAAAUGUCCGCCAUUUUUCAAGUUCACAUCCAAAACAACUCGACCUCGUCCCCAGGUCCUCGGUUAACGGUGCCUUAACCCGCGAAAACGCUGCAUUUUUGACGUCAUUUCCUCGUUAAACACAUAAUUCUUCCAAAUUUGGUCAUCAGUAACUGGUUAUGGUGAAUUAAACGUGUGCUUUUAGCCAAUCAGAAUCGGGAAAAUAUUUUGAAUGAAUAAUAAGGUGAGUUAUGAGUGUGCGUCGGUUUAGCCAAUCAGAAUCGGGGAGUAUUUUGAAUGAAUAAUAAUGGAAAUUAAAUAGGCUAAGUGGGUUCUUAAUUAAUCAGGUUCUUAAUUUCUUUGAAGCUGAUAUAGUCUUGUCGACUACCAAAAAAAAUAAAUAUACUUGGGUUCUUAGUGGGAUGAAUAUUGGCCAAAAUCUUUUUUUUACGUUUCUUAUUGACCGAGACGAAGUCGAACAAGCUUGGUCAAUAAAAGAUUCAUUAUAUGACCAGAAAGAGAACUUUAAAUGCGGGACCAACGGUUGAAAUCCCGAGCUGGCAAGAUGAUCCCAACUUACCCACUCUGGUAAGCAAUCAGAAGGCAGGAUUCGCUUCAUCUUGCCCGCUCGCGGAUUUAGCUCUCUAUAAUAAACAGUUUUUAUUCACACUGAUCUGUACUAUGAUAAGCCUAACUAAACUCAUUACAGAAUGUACGUAUAUGUUGUAUCAUCUCUAGAAUGGGAGUUGUAUAAUAAAAAGAAAACAAAUAAAUUCAAUAAAUAAUAAGUACAUAAAGUUUUUCCUUGUUGUAUAAAUUUGCGAUUUAAAAUUCAAACUCAGUGAUUAAACGGUUUAUGUUAAUAGUUAUUAAAUUAUAACCCACAUAUAAGAACUUACUUGAUCUUGGUUGGCUAAGCAGGUUCCUAUAUUUUGGGGCAAAUUUCUGCCAGCAGGUUCUUAAAACACUUGGUUCUUACCCGCGGAUUUUUACUGCAACUCAAUUGCAAUGAAUUUUAAUUUGCUUCGUGUCAUGGAAGUGUAUUCACAUAUUUGCAGGACUAAACUAUGGAAAGCCCAGCCAGGUGGUCAAAGGUGACUACAUCGCGAGGUCUGGUUAUGUCUUGAUAAUAAACAACGAUCCCACUCAUACUGCCAGUUAUUUGUUUGAAUCAGAAAAACAAGCUUUCGCAGAGGGAUUCGGCUUUACGACAAGAGAAGAUAUUUACCUGACUACAAGUGACAUGUUAAAGGCCCUAACAGACACGGCACAAAGAGAUUUUUCCAAUAACGACUGUUUUUGCUGCAUCAUCCGGAGCACUGGAACAGAACAUGGAAUAUGUGGAAUUGAUGACAAGCCCAUUGACAUCAAGACGAUCACAUCGCUUUUCACAAGCGAUAAAUGCCCCUCUCUUGAUGGCAAGCCAAAAAUAUUUGUAUUGAUACCUAAGAAGUUUAAACACAAACCACCUGUUCGUCGCGCAAUGUUUGGUUAUGUGACACAGUCAGCACAGUUUCCGCCACCAGAAGACGUUGAGGCCAGGAGUAUGCUGCGGCAUCUUGUUAUUUCUGAAAAAGAUUUUCUGGUAUGGAACUGUUUUGGCGAGGUACCGUCGUCCAGUUACCGUCUGCCCUUUACUCUUGGUAGUGAUUGGCUGGAGUGCUUAUUAGAAGGAAUGCACCUAAGGGAAGCGAUAGCAGCAGUCGCAGGCUCAAGGCUUGGUAUUGUAGAACCUCCAUCGCUGCUCAGCACAUUGGAAAAGAACGUGUUUUUUGAACGAAACGAUUCCCCCUACACUGAAGUUCAGUCAACUCUCUUCGAAUAAACGACCACCCUUGGUGAAGAGAAAAGUGGUCGCUUACAGGAAGUAGUCGCUUGUGGAAAAACAUUACAAAAUAAGCUCAAACGUAAGAUCCAGUCUCUGUAAGAUCCUCAUAUCGAGUUUUGCCCACAAAAUGGAUUUCGCUCAUACAUUUUCUGUAGACUUCUUUGAAUAAGUAUAUACAAGAGAGGAUAAAGGGGACAGAGAAGGCAUCCCCCAUACACACCCUAUUCAAUAGGUAAUUCGUCUCGACUUAUUUUUAAGACCACAGAUCCCAAGGGGGAUUAGACAACAGCCAAUCACAUAGCGCGAAUGUGUUCCGCGUGGAUGACCCACGCUCAGAGCCACGCGUCGUUCACGAAUUGAGGCAGAAAAAAAUGGCGGAAGACGCGGAGAGCAAUAUUGCUAUUCGUUUUGUCGACGAAAACGACUAAAGGGAAAUUUCUGCUACAGCUGUGUCAGCGAAACGGAAAUUAAAAAAGAAUCGCCCUUCCUCUCUUGUAUAGAGCUAACAAUAGAGCAGGGAAAUCCUUAACACAGUGAAUAUUCUCUCAGGAUCAUUUAUAAUUUACAGUUUGAAGAGAGCAAUUUCUGGUUUGAUAUUUAUUCUUUUAUUAGUCUUUUAAUAUAUAUAUUUAGCCACAGCUAAAAGCGAAGCUCCCAUUGAUAAAUUUAUAACUUAAAUCAAACAAUAAUUUUGUAUUCCACAAAUCAGUUAACGUAAGGGCACAUUCAUGUGACUUUUGAGGGAAAAGCUAAGUGAUUUUGGAGUGAAACAAAUUUUGUAUCGAGUUGAUAUAGCCUUAUAUGUACACCCAAAAAAUAGUCUUCGGUCACAUUUAAGAGCAAUUAGGGCUCUUGAUCACAGUAGAUAAGGCGUGCAAAACAAAUUCUUGGAAAACAAAUCAGACCGAAUUUUUUGCGUUCGACAAGUUUACAAAUUCUUGCCAAUAAAUCUGGGUGCGUGCAAACCAAUCUUUUAUUAUUAUAUAUUUAUUAUACACCACAUCUGAGGAGAAAGAGUACUAUGAGGCGCUGUUUUUAUCUUACAGACCUCGUACAAAAUGCAGUAUUUCACAAUUUUUCAAGACAAAUUGCAUUCAUUCAAUAUUCAGGACCAUAGAGGCACGCGUGGACUUUUAAUUAGCGAAAGCGAUCAAAAAAUUUCCAAAAUCACUUAUACGGCCAGCCGGUUCUAACUUUUGACAAGCGCCAAAUUUGCGAAGAAAUUUUAAAAGAGUUACGCUUCAACGUGAUAAAGAAUUUACUGAGUCUAUUUUUUAUUAACGGUUUUAUAACGAUGUGUAAUCUUAAAAAGCGUUUGAUACGCUUGGCAUUUUGAGUACUCCUGCGAGCGAUGUUUAUGAACGCCUGAAAACAAACGGCAAAACGAUGAAAAUUACACUUUUGAGACUACCAAAAAUCAAUAAAGAAAAAUAAUUCGAUAGAACAUUUACAGAGACAACAAUUUUCAUUCACGAAAACAAAUGAGUAUUCAAGUGUGUCUAAGAAUCCUCAAGUCUUUACUAGUAAGCUUAAAGUUUGUUUUAAGCCGCCGGUUUCCCGGUGUUGGCUGUUUUCAAAGAUGAACUCACGAAAAGAAAAUCGUUCAAAGCUUUCUUUCUACAGCCAAAAUUAUAACUAAAUAUUCUUCGGAAAGUUUUUUCUUUCUAUUUAAGGUGAAUUAAUAUGUCGAAUAAAGGCUUUUUAAAGUUCUGUAAGCUUAAGCUUAUAUCAAACCUCAUACGAGGUCAGAUCCGUGUCUCAGUCAAAUCUUAAUACAAGCGUGCAUAAACUAGCUUCAUAAACUGCGCCGCUGGACUUCAUGAAAUUAGAUUUAAAUACAAUAAUUACUCAGGCUUACCAUAUUUCGAGAUGCAGCUCCUGAAAGCUAUCAAGUAAGGCAAGGAUCGCUUGAGCCUUUAUAAUUCUCGUAUGCAUCCAGCAAGGUGAAAAACAAAAACGAUGCCAUCCGAAAUCGGAUUAUCGGCUUUGGCAAGCGACGCAUUUUUCAACCAAAAACCCAAUAAACAAACCAGCCAUGAAUAAGAGAACACUCUUGAUAGCAGCUGUAUUUCAUUUUGUACAUCCAGUGGAAAAAGACAGUUAAAAACAUCACAAGUUGACUCAAAACUCUGUCAGCUUCAGCUGUCAAAGUAAACAACGUUCAAGAUGCUGCAUAAAUUUUACGCAUGAUUUCACCUGUCAAAUUUUAACCAAUCAGAGCAUAAAAAUUGGACGUGGAGCGUGACCAACACGUGCCCAUGGUAAGAAAAGGUCUUCCCCGCCUGUAUUUUAAAAACACUGGCUGAAUUUUUGCGUCUGAAGUCAGUUUGAUAUCAAAAUCGUAAUAGUGCGGGGCGAUACUGACAUAAACACAACAUAUUUGAGAUGAAUUUAAACCAAAAGUAAACGUGAGCCUGCGAUCAUUUGAAAACGAGUAAAUUGUCAGCGGAAACCUUCAAAAAAUACUCGACCUCGAUGGGUCGACACCUGAGCCCGCGAUUCGGUCAGGUGAUAGUGGUCAGCGGAUACCCUGUUUUGACAGCUGUCAAUUGAUGACAACAUUGAUGUGCAAUCAGCUUUCUCCUGGGCUCCCAAAGUAGCUAGAAAGUGUGAGAGUAAACAUUGGUAUGCCUGUGGUGCGGACGGACGGUCGGUCGGUCGGUCACGUGAUUACCAAAUUUUCUGGGAUGGGUAGAUCUCCUUAGCAGUGGAGCUCCGAUUAUUCAACAAAAAUAACACGUGGCGUCCUAUAAUAAUAAUAAUUUAAUAACUUCUAGAGCGCUAUUUACAUUCACUGAUCAACAGCGCUUAACAACUUAAAAAAACUACAAUAAAAUUCAAAUUUGUAAAACUAAUUACAUGUACAUGAAUAUUACUUGCUACUUGCUUUAUUGUACAAACGACCGGUUUCAAUAGACCGGCGAAAUUUCUCCUUUUAUUAAAGCACUGAGGUUACGAUAACUUCGAGUUAAACUGAUUUCACGGGUUGUCAAAGAGUCGAGCGAUUCCCUUUUCCCAGGUGAGCGCCGACUCAUCUCGCUUCAGUAUUCAGAAAUGCUCUCGAUCUGUUUACGCUUUCAUUGCCUUUCGCCCGACAUGUUUUGCAUGGCGUUUAGUCAUGCGAAACCUCCAUGAAACAUCCACGCAGCGCGCGAGGUAACUUUAUCCCGAUUCUAAAAAUAACUCGAGACGAAUUACCUAUGGAAUAGGGUGUGUAUGGGGGAUGCCUUCUCUGUCCCCUUUAUCCUCUCUUGGUAUAUAACAAAUAUGAAACUAGAUUGGAAAAAUUCGCUUCUACAAAUUUUUUUUAACGAAUUUUCUUUCGGCAC